GUGACAGAGCGGGCUGAGCCAUGUCUGGUCGGGGCAAGGGCGGCAAGGGGCUCGGCAAGGGCGGCGCCAAGCGCCACCGCAAGGUGCUGCGCGACAACAUCCAGGGCAUCACCAAGCCGGCCAUCCGCCGCCUGGCUCGGCGCGGCGGCGUCAAGCGCAUCUCGGGGCUCAUCUACGAGGAGACGCGCGGCGUGCUCAAGGUGUUCCUGGAGAACGUGAUCCGCGACGCCGUCACCUACACGGAGCACGCCAAGAGGAAGACGGUCACGGCCAUGGACGUGGUCUACGCCCUCAAGCGCCAGGGUCGCACUCUGUACGGCUUUGGCGGCUAAAUUAUAGUUGUUCAAAUUUUG